AGAUCUUGCUUGGGCCUGUCACUUUCUCUUUGCUUGAUUAAAUACCUGUUAGCCCCUGUAAUCUGAUCCAUUUCCUUCAUCUAUCCAUCUCUCUAUCCAUCCAUCUAUCUACUUAUCAAUUGGGUCUUCUCCCUCAUUCUGCUCUAUACUUCUUCCCCCCCAGCACAGACACAAGACACACAACACCGGUAGCUGUCAUCAGUCAGCCAUGGCCGCCACCAACGGGACCAACGGCGCCGCGCCCGACAUCAUUCUAUACACCAACCACGGCUGUCCGUGGGCGCAUCGAGCGCACAUCGCGCUCAGGGAGCUCGGACUCUCGUACAAGGAGGAGAUCAUCGACCUGGACCGGCCGCGGGAUCCGUGGUAUUUGAAGGUGAAUCCGCGCGGCCUCGUGCCCAGCAUCAACUACAACGGCAACGUCAUCACCGAGUCCGCCGUGGUCACGCAGUUCCUCGCCGACGCGCACCCGUCGCCCCUGCUGCCGCCCACCGGCCCCGUCGGCGCCGCGCUGACCCGCGCCCGCGUGGCCUUCUUCGUCGACGCCUUCAUCUCCAAGGCCCUGCCGCAGAUCUUCGCCGGCCAGCGCGCGCAGACCGAGGCCGACAAGGACGCCGCGGCGCAGGACCUCGUCGCCGCCCUCGUCAAGGAGGUCGAGCCCCUCUUCAACUGGGGCGGGCAAGGGAACGGGCCUUAUUUCGGGGGCAGUGACAGGUUGACUCUCGCGGAGGUCCAAACGGGUCCGUUCCUCCUUCGACUCCUCGCCUUCACCAAGCCCGAGUACGGGAUCCUGAGCCCGAAGCUCGACGCCCUGCUGGCCGAGAAGACGCCAAAGUUCCUGGCCUGGGCGUCCAAGGUCGUGCAGGAGCCCAGCGUGACGUACAUCUGGAACGAGAAGGCCGUGGCCGAUCGGACAAAGGCCCGCUUCGCGAAGUUGGCGGCGGCAGAGAAGAAGCUGUAGACGGAACGGGGCGGGUUACUACUAUUGCUGCUUCUGCUUCUGAUAGUGGAUGAUGUUUUCGAUGAGAUGGAGUCAAAAAAAUUCCGGCUGCUCCCACUGUUCUCACGCUAUUUCCGAGAUCUAGGGCUCUUUGUCUUCAUUUCUGAGAUAGACACGAUCCAACCUUGCCCAGCCUUGUAGCGGAGAUUUGGUGUAGUUUGUCAGUGUCGACCUUCCGAAGCUGGGAACGGCUCGGUAAACCUCGCCUACCACCCAAGGGCAUCAUAAGCUGUUGAGAACAGACAUGGC